AUGGAAGACGACUCUCAGCCAAAGAAACCUCCCAAAAUUGCAGCCCUUGAGACAGAUCUUAAUAGCGCCAUCCGUUUUUGUGCCCGCAUUGCCGCAUCACCCCAUUUUUCCUCCCGAGGCGCAGCAGCGUCCCAUUUUUCCACCGUGCAGCGUGGUGGUGUCCUGCAGGACAGCGGCAGCCCCUUUUUGUGCCCACAGCAUGGCGGCAGCAUCCCAUUUUCCCCCCGAGGCACAGUGGCGUCCCGUUUCACGUCCUGCAGCACGGUGGCAGUCCGUUUUCAUGCUACUGCAAGUGGUCCUGGACCUGGAUGUUACAGCUUACCUCCCACCAUUGGAUUUGUCAACCAUGAUUAUACCCGCUUUGCCAGUCCUGCUUAUUCCUUUCGUCAGAGGCUCAACAAUCAUGGCCACGAUGCAAGUCCUGGACCCUGUUACUAUGUGUCCCCCGAGCACACACGCUUCGGCAGGAUAAAGGGUCCUUCUUACUCCAUGCUGGGACGAGCAAAACCUCCAGCUCUGCCUCAAACCCCCGGACCGGGUGCAUACAGUCCAGAGAAGCCAGGAUCUGGCCUUCAGCAGCGGGCACCCUCCUUCUCCAUAGGUGCCCGCACCAAGUCCCGUCCAGUGGAUCCUGUUCCUGCUCCCAACAGCUACACCCUCCCCUCAUUGCUCAGAGCACGGAUUCCCAGCGGACCCUCCAAGCCCACCCGUGCUACCUCCGGCAAGAACGCUCAAAGCAGCGCUUCCAAGGGACCUUGCCAGACGCCAGGCCCAGCAAGCUACAACUCCCAGGCGUCUGCCCUCUGCUUCUGCCGCCCCCCAGCAUUCUCCAUGCUGAAGAGGCUCCAAAAACCCCCAAGAGCCUUCCAGACACCCGGGCCGGGGGCCCACAGCCCAGAAAAAGUGAGCAUUCACAAGACAGGGGGGCCGUCUUACUCUUUUGGGGUCCGUCACUCUGAAUACCUCAUGCCAUUUGUCGCGGAUGCUCCUGAGUGGUAGGGCUGCGGAAAGGAGGAGUCUUCUGGUGUGUUUUUUUAAUUUUUUAAAAAAUAUUCCUUAUUAAUUCCUAAUUAUUAAUUAUUUUAAUUAUUUUUUUACAAAAAGCAUAAAAACUAAUGCAAA